AUGCAGCUGUUGUCACCAGAAUUUUUACCCCAACAACUGCGUUAUGUGAAUUUAGAGAAAUCACUUUUGACAGAUUCCAACCAGAAUCAGCAGAAUAUUCUCCGGCAAGAGAAGUUCCUCAACUCUCUACUCAAUAGAUUAAAUACUGAAGAAACUCAAGUCCUCGAGGAAUUAGAGCAGGUCCGAAAUAUGAUAACUCACAAGGAUCGUUUAUUGAUACACAUGGCAACUGAUGUGGAAAAGUUAUCUACAAUGAUUGACCCAUUAGCUCCUUGGCUGAAUUUUAUUUCUGAUACGGAAACAAUGAAAGAAAAAUUGUAA